AAAGAAAUACUUCAGUUUUGUUUACAAACUGAAAGAACAAGAUGGCGGAAGCGAACACCCCCAAAGAAGGCUCCUGCACUUUCUUGUUUAAAAAAUCGACUAAGAAAUUUUCGGGACGAAAAAGAAAGGCGAGCGACAGCGAUAAAGAUCGGAGCAGUGAUGACGAGCUCAGCUCUGUGGUCAGAAAGGAUAGGAAUGAGACGCGAGAAAACCCGAUGAUUCAAAAGUCCAAGAAAGUGGGGAAAGAAACUAUGUCCUCCAGUGAAAGCGAAGAUGACAAGGAGGACAAGAAGAUAACAGUUUCCUACAAAUCCAAACGUUCAGCUAAACCAGAGGGCCCAGAGGAUAUGGGUGCUACAUCGACAUACCAACUGGAUACAGAGCGGGACAAGGACGCUCAGGCCAUCUUUGAGAGGAGCCAGAAAAUCCAAGACGAGCUGACGGGGAAAGAGGACGAUAAGAUCUACCGCGGCAUCAACAACUACCACAAAUUUAUCAAACCCAAAGAUACGACCAUGGGCAACGCGUCCUCUGGCAUGGUCCGGAAAGGACCCAUCAGAGCCCCGGAGCACCUGCGAGCUACAGUCAGGUGGGACUACCAGCCGGACAUCUGCAAGGACUAUAAGGAGACCGGAUUCUGUGGCUUUGGAGACAGCUGCAAGUUCCUCCACGACCGAUCCGACUACAAGCACGGCUGGCAGAUUGAGAGGGAACUGGAGGAGGGCAGUUAUGGCGCCAAUGAUGAGGAAAACUACGAGGUGAGCAGCGACGAAGAGGACUUGCCAUUCAAGUGUUUCAUCUGCAGGGACUCCUACAAGAAUCCCAUCGUCACUAAGUGCCGUCAUUACUUCUGCGAGGUCUGCGCUCUUCAGCACUACCGCAAGUCCAAGCGCUGCUACGUGUGCAACACUCAGACCAACGGCGUCUUCAACCCCGCCAAGGACUUGCUGGCCAAGAUAGAGAAACGCAAAGCCACCACCGACCUGCCACCAUCCGACGAAGAUGACGACUGACGUCUCCAGCGUUUCCCCCUGACUGUCUUUGUGUACAUUGUCAAUAAAGUUAUAUUUUUUAGCAA